CCCAGCCUCGCCCGCCGCUGCCACAGCCGCCUCCGGCAGGUGCUGGCGCCCGCGCCCGGAGCUGGCCGCAGGUAGGUGUUGCAACUGAUAUAUGGUCCUCUAUCAAGGAGGCUGAGAGCAAGAGGUGAUCCUACAUACAGCACCAUAUAUGCUGCAAUAUUUGUACACAUCAAGCAGGCAUGGAUGGGAAGAAAUGCAGCGUGUGGAUGUUUUUACCUCUUGUGUUCACCCUGUUCACUUCAUCUGGGCUAUGGAUCGUAUAUUUUAUAGCUGUGGAAGAUAACAAAAUUAUUCCAUUAAACGUGCCAGAUCGGAAACCUGGUUCCAAAAGUCCCCCUUACAUAAGUAUUGCAGGUGAUGCACCCCCUGCAAGCUGUGUAUUUAGCCAAGUCAUGAACAUGGCAGCAUUUCUAGCACUUGUCGUUGCUGUUCUCCGCUUUAUACAGAUGAAGCCAAAGGUGCUAAACCCCUGGCUGAAUGUCAGCGGACUGAUUGCGUUAUGCUUGACCUCGUUUGGAAUGACCUUACUUGGCAACUUUCAGCUCUCCAGCGAUGAAGAAAUCCAUAAUGUCGGCACCUCCCUGACGUUUGGUUUUGGGACCCUGGCCUGCUGGAUUCAGGCUGCCUUGACACUCAAAAUAAACCUAAAGAAUGAAGGAAGAAAAGCUGGGAUUCCAAGAGUUGUCUUGUCAGCCACUAUAACCCUGUGUGUGGUCCUUUACUUCAUCCUGAUGGCACAGGGGAUCCAUAUGCAUGCAGCCAGGAUCCAGUGGGGCUUGGUGAUGUGCUUCCUCUGCUACUUCGGCACCUUUGCCGUGGAGUUCAGACACUACAGAUUUGAGAUCAUUUGCUCCGAGUACCAGGAAAACUUUCUGAGCUUUUCCGAAAGCCCGUCUGAAGCCUCCGAGUAUCAAACAGAUCAGGUGUAGCCCUGCCCUCGUUACAUGGCAGGUGGGCUGGUGUGGUCACGAGAUUUAACCCAUGACCUCAUUACAAUUUUUUUUGACAAGUUCAUUUUCCAUGUACAGUCACAGACGUAUUGCCAAAGGGCUCUGAGGGCAGGUGUUUAAGAGCAGAGCAAAAACCAAGGACCUAUCUGAUCAAAUCUGAAAACACCAAUGUAUGUGUAAAGAAAGGCCGACUGCUAAGUUUGUGCUAGAGAGGUCUCUCUCCUCAACCCCUGUCCCAUUCAUCUUAGAAAUAUCCUAAUCCUCACAAGGCCACUGUCAGAUAGGUCGUAUUAUCCUCAUUAUACAGCUGGGGAGACGACUUCUCCAGGGUGACAGGUCAGUCGGAGUUAGUACUCAGGCUCCUACUCCUGCAAUCAGACCACUAGACUGCACUUGUCUCAGGUUUCAAUUGGUUUUUAUUGCCUUGUUGUUGGACAGGGGUAACUUGAUUGUGAAGUGAGGAAGAAUUACCAGCUGGUUUCAUGGCAGCUGGACUUGGAAUCAGUCAGUGGAAGAAGAGAGCACAAACAUACUGGCCCUUGCUUAAGGAUAGGCACUUCUUCCCGUUUGGAAAGCAGGUAAAGGUGAGGCCUGGUUUGGGAAAAACUAGACAACUAAAAAGGUGGUGAAACAGACAGUGGUGGUCAGCGGAUGCCCACCUUGUUGUGGUACUGAGGCAGCCCACCUGCACCAAAGCGAAAAUAGAAAACGCAUCCCAACGCAGCGUGGGUGGGGCUGGGCUACAUCUCAGUGUGGUAUGGUCGGAGCAGCUGUGACCCACGGGAACAAACAGCACUGGGUUAAAAUGUGAACGUUUCUUCUGCCCAGCGGGGACCAAGAGGGUGUUUUUUUUAUUUGUAGUGCUUCCAUAAAAUACUGUGUAUAAUAUUUAGAAAGCUGCUUUUCUCACCGUUUCAGGGGAACCUUGUCUGAACUUAGUCUGAGUGAAGACUCUGGCUCAUGUCUGAUCAGAACAUCAUAAAUUCAGGCAGAUUUUACUGGAUGUAGGUUUAUUUGACUGCUUAUGCACUAACGGUGAAAUUCAACCUCUGCAGAGGCCUUUGCCUCAACUUACCUACCUAUGUGCCCAAUUCAGCAACGGACUCCGAUUGGUUGGAUCCCAUUGAAGCCAAUGGCAGCUGGAAUCCACCUGUGCAGUCUUUGUUGAAGGAUCAGGGUCAUAGGGCUUAAGUGUGACUUAAAUGGUGGACUGGCCUAGCUCUGGCCCUCUGCAUGGGGCUGAAUUCACCUUAAAAGUUCAGGAUAGUAAAGAAAUAGCUACAGGUAGAGAUGGCUAGACAAAAACCCCAACAGAACUCGGAGGAGCUUUCAUUCCAUUCCUAAAGGGGAUGGAGCUAUACUACCGAUGAUCUUGAUUCAAUGGCCAAAACGAGGAGACUUUUCAUACUGUAAAAUAAAUACAGCUCAAAGUAUAGAGCAGGUUGAAAAACCAGCAUUUCCAAAUCAAAAUUGUUUGGCUUUGGGGAGUUUAGUUUUUUGAGGAAAAGUCUAGAUUUUCUGCAGAAAGGACACGGUUGGCGAACAAUUUCAUGUUGACAAAAACCCAAUUUUCCACUGAAAUACAGUUUUGAUGGAAAAUUUUCAACCAGCCCUAUGAAAUUGAUUACUUUGGGGCAGAUUCUACACUUGAUUACCCUGGUGUAACUCCAGAGUAACUCCACUGAAUGGAGAGUUUACAUCUGGCUGCAGAAUUUGGGCCUUUAGUAAUUAUCUAAGAAUAGGAAAAAGUUAGCAGGACACUUUCAGGGAAGGGAACGUGUGGGUGUGUUAGUCAUUAAAAUGAAAUAGUGGUAGGUUUACCACCUGUUAGGGGAAGACUCAAAGUAACAUAAAGCCAAUCCACGUAUCUUUUCCUUUUCUUCACUGCCAGGGGAAGGGGAGACUGGUAGGAACACACAUAAAUGGAGAAUCUCACACACAUGUGCAUAUUGAGCAGAGAGUAGUAAGUUUUUGUUUAAAAAGUGUUUACUGUAAAUAGUCCACUGAGACAUUUUUUUAAAAUCAAAUAAUGUUUUUGUUUUAUCAUUUUAUAUUUUGAAAUUUUAUCAAAGAAAAAAAUGAAGUUUGUGAAUUUUUUCCACUGACAAUAUGCAAUCC